AAAUCUUUAUUAUACUGAAAAAUAUUAAUGUAUAAAUAUAUGCUACAAUAUGCAUGUUUCGUAUUUUACACAAUUCUUACUGAAUUUUUAUAUUUUGUUACAGAUUAUUCUUUUAAGAAUAUGGACGAGAAAUGUCGGUCGAUUCGGAAAUGAAACAAAAAACUAGAAAGAAAAUUGUAAAAAUUUGGCACGGCCUAACGACGUCAUAGCCCCGAGACCCUGCUAAAGUCAUGUGAAGUGAUACGAGGCUUUCCAAAAAAAGUGUCAUAUCUAAAAGGCAUAUCUUACUAGUAUCUGACAAAACACAUAUCUAUUUAUUUUACGCUAGUCACCCUUUUGUGAUUGUAGUUAAUGAAACUAUUUUGCUCAAAAUUUAAACUAAGCAUUUAAAUUAGAAACGCUAUUGACUGGUAUAGUCGAUAAUAAAAAAGGCAAAACCCAAAAAGUAUAAUAUUUUCGAAGAUCCCAAUGAAAUAUUACACUAUGUUUUUCCUGAGAAGGAGGACGUUGAUACUGAAAGCAGUACUUGUACUCACAGCACUGUGGUUUAUGAUAGCGUUAUUAACUACUAAUGGAGGAACGAGAAAUGCUCUCGGUGCACAACCAGUUGAAUACGAUGAUCCCGAAGCCAAGCCAUUGAAGAUGGCAAAGCCAACUUCAACGAAAAAGAAAAGCGAAUCUUAUGGCAACAAUUUAUCAGACGGUCUAGGCGUCCUAGCUGCCCCCGGCUCGGACAACGCUCCCGGUGAACUUGGCAAACCGGUCGUUCUACCCAAGAACAUAAGUGAGGAUGCGAAACAAGCUGUCUCUGAGGGAUGGAAAAAGAACGCUUUCAAUCAGUAUGUCAGCGACCUUAUAUCGAUUCGGAGGAAACUGCCAGACCCUAGGGACGAAUGGUGUAAACAACCAGGUCGUUAUCUUGAAAAUCUUCCUCAGACUUCGGUAGUAAUAUGUUUCCACAAUGAAGCUUGGUCAGUUCUCCUCAGGACUGUUCAUUCAGUUCUUGACAGGUCACCGCCACAUUUGAUUAAGGAGAUAAUUUUAGUUGAUGACUUUUCUGAUAUGCCACACUUAAUGCAACAAUUAGAUGACUACAUGUCGUCUCUUCCUAAAGUAAGGAUAGUACGAGCGGCACGUCGCGAAGGUCUCAUUAGAGCCAGAUUGCUUGGAGCCCGGUAUGUUACCGCUCCUGUCCUCACUUAUCUGGAUAGUCACUGCGAGUGCACAGAGGGGUGGCUGGAACCACUUUUGGACAGGAUUGCUCGUAACAAAACGACAGUAGUUUGUCCAGUUAUCGACGUAAUCGACGAUAAUACAUUAGAAUAUCAUUAUAGAGACUCUACGUCGGUCAAUGUUGGAGGUUUCGACUGGAAUCUACAGUUUAAUUGGCACCCUGUACCUUCUAGGGAAAGAGCGAGGCACCAACAUACGGCAGAGCCAGUCUGGUCUCCAACUAUGGCUGGUGGUCUUUUCGCCAUCGAUAAAGAUUUUUUUGAAAGGUUAGGAACAUACGACAGCGGUUUUGAUAUAUGGGGUGGCGAAAAUCUAGAACUUUCGUUUAAAACCUGGAUGUGUGGUGGUACUUUGGAAAUAGUCCCGUGUUCUCACGUUGGCCAUAUAUUUAGAAAGCGAUCGCCAUACAAGUGGAGAACUGGAGUUAAUGUUUUGAAGAAGAAUUCAGUUCGACUAGCAGAGGUGUGGCUAGAUGACUACGCAAAGUACUACUAUCAACGCGUAGGUAACGAUAAAGGGGAUUAUGGUGACGUUAGCGGUAGAAAGACGUUAAGGGAAAAACUGGGUUGCAAAUCCUUUGAAUGGUACUUGAAGAACAUUUAUCCGGAGCUCUUCAUUCCUGGUGAAUCAGUAGCUCACGGCGAGAUCCGAAAUGUCGCCUUCCAAAAAAUAUGUUUGGAUUCCCCGACGCGCAAGUCGGACCAUCAUAAGCCUGUUGGACUUUAUCCGUGUCAUCGGCAGGGAGGAAAUCAGUAUUGGAUGUAUUCGAAGAAUGGAGAAAUCAGACGCGAUGAGACAUGUCUCGACUAUUCGGGUCAUGACGUCGUGCUGUACCCUUGCCACGGAGCUAAAGGCAAUCAACUCUGGCUAUAUGAUCCUAAUACAAAGCUUCUAAAACACGGCUCCAGCGAGAAGUGCAUGGCGAUAUCGCGAAGCAAAGAUAAAAUUGUUAUGGAGUCUUGUAACGAUGGUGAAUCCCGUCAAAUGUGGAACAUGGAGAACUUCAACCCUGAUAGACUGACACCGGAGCUGACGGCCGAGUAGCCAGAGGCUUAUGAUGAGCUUCUAUUCAUAUAGAACGAGAGAAAGACUCACUUAAAUUAAAUACAGUGACUGAAGUGUUGGACUUUGUAUCACUUGUUUUGAACGCAACUCGGACAUAGUUUAACGAUAUAAAAUUUCUUGGAUUAAAUGAGGCCAUUUUAUAUAAGGUUGUUAUAAAGAUUGGUAACAUAGUUUUUGGUAUAUUAAACGCUUGAGUGUAUGUACUGAUGGAAAUAUUUGGGUAAUAUAACCCCGAGUUUGUUUUGAUAUUCGUCUCCUUGACCCCAUGUUGUAUGGCCUAAGUCUCUGCGGGCUAAGAGUGAAUAUAACAGCUUUCAUUGUUCAAUGGUUAGUCAAUACUAAAUGUUUAAGUUAUAUUAGUGUACGUUUGAAAUUACUUCGUUAACAUGACUAAGACAUGGUAUAUUUUAUAAAAAGAAAUAAUAUUCUUCUUCGUCACAAUACUUAUUAUCAUAUUUUUUUUUAUUAAAGUUAUGUUGUACCUAAAUUAAUAUAAUUGAAAAGAAAAAUAAUUUUGAAUAAUUUAAAUAUUUACCAUGUAAGAAAUUGUAUUUGUUGUUUUUUUUUUGUUUUAUUUAUGUUUAAACAUUGACAAAGUUUUAACGUUUAAUUUAUUAAUGUUUACCAAUUGGUUAUUAGGAAAUUGAAAUUAUUAUUUUAUUAGUUUCUUUAAUAAUAGUAUUCUACGUGUAUCAUAAAGUAUUAUUGAGUCAGCUUAACAAGAAUUUGUACAUAUCCAAUUCUUGUACUUAUAUACAGGUGUUCUAUCAUUUUUAUGUCAAAACUACAUUUGAAAUAGACGAAGGAAUACGUAGUUUUUACACGAUUCUUGUGAUUUAUUUUAACGUAUUUAGUCAUUUGGACAUAGGUGUUAGUAAAAUUCGACUAGUGAAAUGUAAUAUACAUUAUUAUAAAUAGUUAGGAAUAAGUUUACGUAAAAUUUUCGUUUUAAAGGUCGGCACAUGUCUGAAAGAAGAUACGUCAAGCGUUUCAUGGAAGUAUAGGUUAGUACGCGAUGGAACGGCCUUGUAGUGAGCAAGGUUGAACGUCAUAUCAUAUCUGUGUCAUAUCAUCACAUAUCUGUUCUGUCGUUCCGCGAUCUACGAAACGUAACGCAUCUUCCAUCAGAUACGCAUGUGUCCAGCCCAAUAUCGUAGCAUUUAAAAAUAUAAAUAUAUUAUUAGGAGAAUACUGUAUCUUUUUUUUUGUGUUUAUACUCUUGAAACGUAGCAUUUGUUUUAUAAUUUGACUGAAUCGUAGGAUAGAUCAUCAAUUGGGAUGGCUGAUACGUCUUU